CUGUUCCACAAUGGAUGGGGGAGAUGGUACUGCUGACCUGGUGAUUAACAAGAGGUUUGUGUCCGAAUCGGAGCUAGAGGAGCGGCGGAAGAGAAGGCAAGAAGAAUGGGAAAAGGUCCGAAAACCUGAGGAUCCAGAAGAAUGCCCGGAGGAGGCGUACGACCCGCGGUCGUUGUACGAAAGGCUCCAGGAGCAGAGAGAAAAGAAGCAGCAGGAGUUUGAGGAGCAAUUUAAAUUCAAAAACAUGGUGAGAGGCUUGGACGAAGACGAGACACAUUUCCUCGACGAGGUUUCUCGGCAGCAGGAGCUCCUGGAGAAGCAACGAAGAGAGGAAGAGCUGAAAGAACUGAACGAAUACAGAAGCACUCUCACCAAAGUGGGAGUCAGCGUGGACCCAAAGAAGGAAACUGAGAAGAAACUGCCCGUGAAGGCAGUGGAAAACAAGAACAAAUUCUCUCAGGCAAAGCUGUUGGCAGGAGCUGUGAAACACAGAAGGUACCACCGCUCCCUCGCUCACAUCGUUUCGCGCAGGUUCGC